UGUCCUUUUGAAUGACGGUGACGCCGGGAUUAUUCCUUCAUUCCGUGAAUUUCUGGCUUGUCAGAACAGUAGUGGGAAUGGAACAUUCAACCAGGAAAAAUGGUUGAGACGAAAGAGGACCUCGUGCGAUAUUCCCGAAUGUGGGAGACCCCCAAGCACGCGUUUGGCAUUUGGCUUUUCCCUUGGGCUCUUAAGUCAACGCCGUUCAGCUUGUUUUCCGUAUUAGAGCGGUUUUAUCUCAAGACUGCUUCUGACCAGCCACCUCCUUACCACUCAGUUGCUGUUAACCCAGGAGCAUAUGCCCCAAAAUUGGCCAACUCGCUCAAGGAUCUACAUAAUGCUCUUACCAAUCUCGGACGUCAUUCUGAGGCACAAAUGGUCCAGAUUUGA